AUGACCUUAUGCAAAGACGCUGGACUGGCAGAUCCCAACUGUCAGUUGUACAUGCUAUUUUACUACUUGGGUCCUGCCAGUGUGGGACUCCUUAUGCUCAAUCAAGCUCAUGAAGGUUUACCCAGUUGGCCCAUGAUCCUCAGAGCCGCUUCCAUCACGUUGUUUGAUAUCGCUGCGCAAGCUUUGAAUUACACUGGCGCAGCCUUGGCAGGACCCACCAUUUUUGCCAUUGUGUACUCGAGUGUUACCGUUUGGACAGCCGUCUUUAGUCGCAUUCUACUCAAGCGACACUUGCUGCCUGGACAAUGGAUUGGAAUCGUCAUUGUCUUUUCCGGAUUGGCAUUGACAGCUACGGAUAAUUCCGUUCAAGUUGGGAGCGGAGUAUCGCAUGGCUUGCUGCUCGUCACUAUUGGAUCUGCCAUGCAUGGGCUGACCUACGUCAUGUGCGAAAUUGUCAUGGUGGUUCCAGACCAUAUCAUGUCGGAUAUGCCUCGCUGGCUACAAAUGCUCAUGGGAGACAAAAAUACACAACGAUUGUCCGUGGUGCAAAACACGGCAGUGCAAGGAUUCUUUGCCAUGUCAUCCCUCUUGGUGUGGCAAUUGGUAUAUACCCUUCCUCGUAUGGACGAAUUCAUUCUGGAACCCAUGCACGAAGCUGGCACUUCCUAUUCCAAAGCAGCCGUCAUUUUGGGGUCGUUUGCUCUGGCCAAUUUGGUGCACGCAUUAUCCUAUUUCUUUACUCUGAGACACUUCCCAGGAGGAGCUACCAGUGCGGGUGUCAUGAAAGGAUUGCAAGCGGUCUUGGUCUUUGUGGUUACCGCAUACUUCUAUUGUGGAGUAACCGGGGGCAGCGAAAUGUGUUUUUCUCCCACCAAGUUCAGCAGUCUGGUUACUGUUGUGGGAGGAGUGGCAUUAUUUGGUGUCUACACGGAGAAACAACAUCGAUUGGAACGACAACGACAACAAUCACCACCACCACAACCACAACCGCAACAACAGAGCAUCCAAGAACGUGUCGAUAAGGUUUGA